AUGAAGGAAGCUUCUAUUAACAGUGUUCCCAGUCCUGAUAUUGAAAAAAAGCUAACCACUAGCAAUGAAGAGUUUAUUGCAAAUGAUCAAGAAAUAGUUGAAGAAGCUUUAGAAUCGGCCCAAGUUCAAAAAGACAUGCCUUUGACAAGCUCAAAAUCAGAUAAUAUGCCUACAAAUAUAUUACUUGAAUCAUUAUCAUCAAAUGAACAAACCACUCAUAUACCAAAUAUGAAUAUUAGCCAAGAAAUAAUUGACGAGCCAAAAGAAAUUAACAUUAAUGAACCACCAUCUAAAAAUGAAAAUAUUGAUCAAACUAAUAAUACGGAACUUGAUUCUUCCAGUAUUCAAGUCAAUAAUGCAAAUAUUUCUACAAAAACAUCUGACCUUUACGAAUUUGAAUAUGGACAAACUUUGCAACAACCAAGUUCCAAUAUUACUAAUUCUAUUCGGAAUUCCCAAAUUAAUAAUAAUAAUAAUACUAUAGAUAAUUUAUCUGGUAAUACUGAUCAAAUUAUUGAUAAAGAACAUCACUAUAGGUUUCAUAAUCACUAUCCUCCAAAUUCCCAAAUAGAAAAUGAAAAUAAUAAUAGUAAUAAUAAUGAUAAUAAGGCCCCAUUUAGCUUGCGUAAAUUAACAGAUGCUGAAUUCCAAGCUCUGCCAUCGGGAUCUCGUUUAUUUUUGGGAAAUUUAUCCACUCAUUCAACUUCCAAAAAAGAGCUUUAUGAUGUCUUUUCCCCUUAUGGUGAAGUUUUUCAAAUAUCUAUUAAAAACAGUUUUGGUUUUAUCCAAUAUGAUAAUCCUGAGAGAUUGGAAAUUUCUCAUGGUAAGCCACGUCACCAUUCACCAAAUCAAGAUAUUGGAACUAAACCUAAUUUUGGGCGUCGUCAUGAAAAACGUUGGAACCAAAAAAGUGGAAAUAAAAACAAUUGGCAUAACAUCAAACGAGAAUAUUCACCUGUCCGGGGACAUAAUACUCAAACUCGUAGUGAUCGUCAUUACAAUAAGGAGGACAAUGAAAGAGGAAAUUAUCAUGAUCAAAGGACCAAUAAUAGAUCUAAACCAUAUAGAAUUCCCAAUAGAGAUUAUUUAGAACGUAAACAAAGUCGUGAUAAUAGGCCACAAUCACAGGAUAGGACCAAUGAUGAAUUUCCUUUACCUAGAAGACAAGGUAAUGAGGUACCAGAAUGUCAAAUAAUUGCUCUCGAAGAAAUUGACCGGAAUUAUUUGUGGCAAGUGGAGCAUGCAUUCAAAGAAGCAAAUAUUACUGUUCAUACACUUCAUUUGUCUAGAAAACUUCAAAUCCAAGCAGUUGUUCGUCAGAUGAUUGUAGAGGGUGUUCGUGCAGUCAUAUUUUUGGAAAGAAAUCUUGCAAUUAAUGGUAGGGUCAAUAUGCAAAUAUUUGAACAUCAACGUUCUCAAGACAAUGUAAAAUACGAUGAAUAUAACAAUAUUAAAUUAGGAGAGGCAGUUGGAUUGUUGUUGCGAGCUCGUGAUUUAUCAGUUUCAUCAGUUCCUGUUAACAUUCGACCUCCAGAUAAUAAUAAUAUUUUAAUGACCGGCCAACAAAUUUUAUCCCCAACGCAACAAACUGUUCCAAUUACAGAGCAACUAAAUGCAGCAGCAAAUAUUAGUCCAAUUUCAUUGAAUAAUGUUAAUUUUGCUGCACUCGCCAAUUUGCUUGGAAUACCACCUAUGCAAGUAAUCCCACCUGGAACUAAUUUACAACAUCAGCCAGGUUUUAUGCCUAUACAGUCACAUGAUUUUGAUGUACAACGAAUACUUGGAAAUUUACCUGCAAACACUUCUGCAAUUCCAAAUCAACAACCAUAUAUGCAGAUGCCCCCACAUAAUCUUGCACAACAGCCUGCUCCUUAUAAUGCUUCAAUGGCUAAUCAGCCUAAUGUUGGCAGUCCAAAUGUUAUGCCCCCUAAUACUCUUCCUCAACAUCAAUCCCAACAUGCCGUGCCAAAUUUACAACAGUUCCCUAAUCAAAUUCCUGGUAGUUCUAAUGUAUCAGAUCUUAUGGCACAAUUCAAUAAUUAUAAUAACCAACGUUAA